AGAAACACCUGUUAGUGGACUAAUAAUUACAUACUCCAUAAUAUCACAUGCACACUCAUACCUAGAAGAAAUAUAUAGGACAUCCCCAGUUAACAUUUCCAGUAUGUUGAUGGCUACUGGACAGCAGCUCUAAAAGGUUUUUUUAAGGCCUUAGACGGUGUCAAUGGGUUGUAUUCAGUAGUGCACACUGUAGCACCAUAACAAGUUGGAUACAAAACACACCGGUGACAAAUGGGUUGUAAUUCAGUAGUGCACACUGUAGCACCAUAACAAGUUGGAUACAAAACACACCGGUGACAAAUGCAUAUAUUUAUAUCCAUCUCUGUGUGGCUGCGACCUAGUUGGAGUGCUUGGUGUGUCUGAAACCAUCACCUGUUAGGUUUGGGUGCCAGUGCAUCUUACAGGGACAUUGCUCGAGAGCCACUGUACGGAUGCAGGACCUGUGUGUGUAAACCCUCAGUUACAGGGCAGAUGUGUCUGAACAGUAGAACUAAUGAGGAAACUAGCACCUGAAAUGACUGAUGGGCAGACCAGCUGUCAGUGUGUGCCAACAGAGCUGUCUAACAGCAGCUAGCAGGCAGCGUUUUGGGCCCUCCUCCUACAAAAUGGGUUCUGGGAAGUGCUUAUGUGGCGCCUUUACCCUCCUUUCCCCCUUCAUUAUUUCCCCUCUAUUUCCUUGUCUCCCUCUCAGUUGUUUUAGCUCUCUUUCUUUCUCUCUCUCUCUCUCUCUCUCUCUCUCUCUCUCUCUCUCUCUCUCUCUCUCUCUCUCUCUCUCUCUGUAAUUACGGAGUCUCUGAUUGGUUGGGUGGUUGAGCUGGCAGCAGCCAAUAGCAGCUCUGGUAGCAGUGCCCCUCGAUCUCCUGGAAAGGUUUGUGUUUGUUAAUUAUUAGGGGUCUGUUUAAAACCAGACCUAACCAUUUUAGGGGGCACAGUCUGUGAGUAGAGCCAGAGGGACAGGGUGCACCAGGAGCCUCACAUACACACUUAAACAUCCAGCCUCUGAACCGGCCAGUGGGCUUCGUCUGAUACAGCCUCUCCUCAAGAUCCAACAGAGACUCCACUACACACAACUACAGGUAAGACAACAUCAAGGUUUGGUUUAAGUCCAGUUUAAGGUCAGGUUUGAGUGCUCUGAAACACCUGUAGCCUGUGUAGGAGAAUCAACCAGCAGAGCAGCCUAAACCCCCUGAUGAGACUCAAACAGAAGACCCUCUGAGGAAGCAGUUUAGAUGGGUGGAAGCAGACACACUGGUGGAUGUAGACUGGAAACAUUGUUAUCAUUUUUUCUUAUGGGAAGCAAGACAACUACAUGUGAUUUAGCAGGACGAGGGUACUACCUGUCUUCUACAGCAUUCACUAGUCUUGGUUUGGAAUGGCAUGGGUAUAGGAAACACUUUAUUUGACAGUAAACUGUUUCCACUGGUAUUUACCUGAAAUUGUCCGUAGGAGAGGAGGAGGCCAUGGCUGGAAGGAGCAGAACGUCGUUCUCCGGUGUGUUGACUGCUGCUCUGCUGGCCACCAUACUGCUGCCUGAAUUCCUGUCGGCAGGGCCGGUGUUUCAGAAGCUCAAUGGACAUGGUAAAUGCACAACUACCUCACAAACAUACUUGACAUACACAACAAUGUUUUUGAUGCUUGAUGUCUCACCAGUAGGGGAUGCCACUGAAGAGACAGCGGUUACCAUGGCAUCGGCAAGGAGGCUUGUCCGUAACCGUAGAAACAUCAGCUGGUACAAGCAACACUCAGACUUCUGGAGCUGGUACAAAUACUUCACGGACAAUGGAAACACGGAGGCAGUCCAGGAGCUGGACAGGGUCUACCUGGCCUACCUCCAAAAUAAGAACCGUGCUGAGGGACGUCGCUCUUAUAAGGCCUACCUGGGCCACCUAGGGGACAUCUACAAGGCCUGCGCCGACUCAGAGGACCCAAACUGCGUGGCCUCGGCCACUAGCCGGCAAAAACCUGAAACCCCCAAGGCCCCUCCUAAGCCCGCCCCUGUCAAGGCCUGUGACCCCUACAGGGACCCAUAUUGUCUGUAUGCUGCCAAGAGCCAGCCCCCACCUUCCCCUGGCCCGGUCAAGGCCCCAGCCCCCAAUUAUGUGCGCGCCCCUGUGGCUGUUAAAGAACCUCAUUCUGGGUACUACUACUCCCCCGCUGUGCAGCCCUUCCUGUCCAAGGAGCAGAAGGCGGAGCUGCUGCGUAUCUGUUCAGCGGAGGACGUGGACUGUCUCCAGUACCACCUGAGAGCUGCUUUCGGCCACAUUCCCUCCGCUGGGCCCCUGCCCUCCUACGCCCACCUGGGCUGUGACCCGAAAGACCCCACCUGUAAACCCCAGCUGGUCCAAAAAUCUCCCUCCGGCCUCUUCCUCCGUUACCCCAACUGUGACCCCAGAGACCCUCGCUGCGUCUACGCUGCAUCCCUACAGGCUCCCCGUGCCCCUGCUCCCCCCGCCCCGGCAGGUCCUGGUUCCUGCAACCCUCUGUUUGAGGACGGUUGUAACCCUCUCACUGCAACCAAGUACGCCACGGCACCAGAGGAGUUCAAGGAAGAACACAAAGAUGAACCCGCCGCAAUGCGUGCUGCGCCCCCAGCUCCCGAGCAACGCAGCGACCCAUUUGCUAUGUACAGGGAUGCUUAUGCUAAUGCUAAUGGUAACAGCCAAGGCAGUGCUCCAAGCUCUCAAGCUGGUGACCCAUAUACCAUGUUCGGCCAAGGCAGUGCUCUCAGCGCUCAAGCUAGUGACCCAUAUGCCAUGUACCGCCAAGGCAGUGCUCCCAGCGCUCAAGCUAGUGACCCAUAUGCCAUGUACCGCCAAGGCAGUGCUCCCAGCGCUCAAGCUAGUGACCCAUAUGCCAUGUACCGCCAAGGCAGUGCUCCCAGCGCUCAAGCUAGUGACCCAUAUGCCAUGUACCGCCAAGGCAGUGCUCCCAGAGCUCAAGCUAGUGACCCAUAUGCCAUGUACCGCCAAGGCAGUGCUCCCAGAGCUCAAGCUGUUGACCCAUAUGCCAUGUACCGCCAAGGCAGUGCUCCCAGAGCUCAAGCUGUUGACCCAUAUGCCAUGUACCGCCGAGCUAUCGCUAGUGCUCAAGCUAACGACCCAUACACCAUGUACAGGCAGGCUAAUGCUAACGAUCCAUUAGAAAUGUACCGUGAAGCUGCAGCCUCCAUGCACAGACAUGUCCCCCCCUCCCUGCCGCAGCAGGCCCCCGCCCCCCCCUCCCCGCUAUGAGGAGCCCACACAGGAGGAUCGCCACCCGCUGGGCCCCCGGGGAAGGACCAAGGAAGGCUAUGAAUGCUUCAUCGGCUACGACCAGGAGUGCUACCCAAUAGCCCGCGCAGAGCCGCGUUCUGGCGUCCACCGUAACACCGCCUACCCCGCCGAGCCCUACGAGCCGCAUCUCAAUGCUGAUGGAUCACGGAACGGAGUUCUGGAGCCUUCUGACCCCGACUGUGACCCGGAGUACGACACCAACUGCCGCCUGCGUCGCUAUGAACCCCGGGAGGAUCUGCUGCCAGACGCCAACGCCCAAGCUGUACACCAGGGGGAGCCACAGCACAGCCGGGACCAUAGCUACAACCAGGGGGAGCCAGAGAGAGAAAGCGAGGCAGAUUCAGAGCCAUACCAGAGUGGCCAGGAGGAGACCUACGGGGCUUACCCCCCUCCCUCGCAGGGGCUGUCAUACGGGUCCUACCCCUCAACCCAGCAGGGAAUGCCCAGCUUCCAGGACAUGCUGAGAGGAUACGGAGACCAGUACCCUGAACAAGAUAACCACAGAGCAUACGCUGCUGACUACCGCCAAAAAUAAAUACACACAUAUACACAUACAUGCAUGCAUACACACACACACACACACACGUGUGUAUGUGACAAAUAAAAUUUGAUUUGAUUUGAUUACAUACAUAGACACACACUGCAUAUGCCCUAAAGACUACAACAACAAAACUAACCAACACACCAGCCAAAAACUGGAGCAGAUGACAUGGAACACUAUAUUUAAUACAAAACAAUAAAAGACUGAAUGAAGUCUGACACACACACACACAUGCACACACACACAUGUCACGUAUGGACGAACAGGCACACACACACACACACACAUAGUAAUGUGCUGUUAGCAGUAGAAGCAGGAGGGGUUUCUCUCCACUAGCUGUUUUAUCUGUCAGUUUGAUUGAUUAAUUGACCCCCUAUUCUCACUGGAAUAUUUAAUACAUUCUUGCAGCUCUGCUUCACUUCUGAAGCUACAAACUUCACAUUCUUUUUGUGUUUGUUUAGUUUAUGAUGUAUUAUGUAAAGUUUUUUUACACGUUGAAUGUUUUAAAUAAAAGCUUUGAAAAACGUA